AUGUACCAGGAGUGGAACGUACCAGAGGCAUAAAAAUGAAGAUGUCUAGUAGAGAGCCUCAGGGGCCCCGCAUUAGACGUGAUUCACACCCUGAGGCUCACUAACCCUGGGGUCAGUGUGAAGGGCUGCCUAGAGGCCCUCAAUCACAUCUUUGGGAAUAUAGGAGAUGAACAGGAAUGUCCCCCGAGUUACUCCCAGCUGAUAAAAGAGGUCAGAGAGGAGGAAGAAAGGCAGGCUUCCAGUGAGUUUUGGGAGCCCAACCAUCUGAGCCAGCCAGCACAGCACCCCUGCGGACAGCCAGUGCACUGA